GGGGCAGGCUGGGAAGCGGCGCCAUAUUGGCGUCGGCCGCGCUGUAUUGUCAUAAAUAGAGCCGGUUUUGUGGUGUUUUCACUACUCGGUUGGAUGCCUCGGCCGUAGUAAGUGAGAAAGUGAGUGAGCAAGCGAGCUACAAGCAACCGGAGGAAAGUGGACAGGAGGAGAAGGAAAGAGCAAGAACUUGACUCCAGAGCGAAAGAUACUCGGCGGUGAGGGAGACGCAGGAAGCGAUGAAAGAAAUGUCUGCAAACACCAUGCUGGACAGCCAGCGUCAACAAAAGCAUUAUGGAAUCACUUCUCCAAUUAGUUUGGCAUGUCCAAAAGAAAUUGAUCAUAUUUACACACAGAAAUUGAUUGAUGCCAUGAAACCAUUUGGAGUGUUUGAAGAUGAAGAAGAACUGAACCACAGGCUGGUUGUUCUUGGUAAAUUGAACAAUUUAGUAAAAGAAUGGAUUUCUGAUGUCAGUGAGAGUAAGAACCUCCCACCUUCUGUCGUGGCUACUGUUGGUGGUAAGAUUUUCACGUUUGGCUCAUACAGGCUUGGAGUACACACCAAAGGAGCUGAUAUUGAUGCACUUUGUGUAGCUCCAAGACAUGUGGAGAGAUCUGAUUUUUUUCAGUCUUUUUUUGAAAAAUUGAAACAUCAAGAUGGCAUUAGAAACUUAAGAGCUGUAGAAGAUGCCUUUGUUCCUGUUAUAAAGUUUGAAUUUGAUGGAAUUGAAAUUGAUCUAGUCUUUGCAAGACUGGCAAUACAAACCAUAUCAGAUAAUUUAGAUCUAAGAGACGACUCUCGACUGAGAAGCCUUGAUAUAAGGUGUAUUCGCAGCCUAAAUGGAUGUAGAGUUACUGAUGAAAUUUUGCAUUUAGUGCCAAAUAAAGAAACUUUUAGACUCACCCUAAGAGCAGUCAAAUUAUGGGCAAAACGACGUGGUAUUUAUUCCAACAUGCUGGGAUUUCUUGGUGGUGUCUCCUGGGCAAUGCUGGUUGCAAGAACUUGCCAAUUAUAUCCAAAUGCAGCAGCUUCUACUUUAGUUCAUAAGUUCUUUUUAGUUUUUUCCAAAUGGGAAUGGCCAAAUCCUGUCCUGCUGAAGCAACCAGAAGAAAGCAAUUUGAAUUUGCCUGUUUGGGAUCCUCGGGUAAAUCCAUCAGAUAGGUAUCAUCUCAUGCCCAUAAUCACCCCUGCCUACCCACAGCAGAAUUCUACGUAUAAUGUGUCCACCUCAACUCGAACAGUAAUGGUAGAAGAAUUUAAACAAGGUCUUGCAGUCACAGAUGAAAUCCUUCAAGGGAAAUCAGACUGGUCCAAACUACUUGAGCCACCAAAUUUUUUUCAAAAGUAUAGACAUUAUAUAGUAUUGACUGCCAGUGCAUCAACAGAAGAAAACCAUCUAGAGUGGGUUGGAUUAGUAGAAUCUAAAAUCCGUGUGCUUGUUGGAAACUUGGAACGGAACGAAUUUAUUACUCUUGCCCAUGUAAAUCCCCAGUCAUUCCCAGGAAAUAAGGAACAUCAUAAAGACAACAAUUACGUGUCAAUGUGGUUCCUUGGAAUAAUUUUUCGGAGAGUUGAAAAUGCAGAAAGUGUUAACAUAGACCUGACCUAUGAUAUACAGUCGUUUACUGAUACAGUGUACAGACAGGCAAACAAUAUAAACAUGCUAAAGGAAGGGAUGAAAAUUGAAGCAACUCAUGUUAAAAAAAAGCAACUUCAUCACUACCUUCCCGCAGAGAUUCUUCAAAAGAAGAAAAAGCAAAGUCUUUCUGAUGUCAGUCGAAGUUCAGGUGGACCUCAAUCCAAAAGAUCAUCUCUGGAUAGCAAUUGUUUGGAUAGCUCCAGAGACACUGAUAAUGGAACUCCUUUUAAUUCCCCAGUGUCUGCAAACAAACCUUCCAAGCCUGACGUUCUUCCUUCAGGAGAAACAGAAAGGAAUAAUACUGAGCCUGCUGCUGUAAUUGCGGAAAAGCCACUGAGUGUGCCACAAGCUCAAGGACUGUCUAUCCCAGUCAUUGGUGCAAAAGUUGAUUCUGCAGUAAAAGCCGUAUCGCCCCCAGCUGUGUGCACCAUUCCUACUGUAGUAGGACGAAAUGUCAUUCCUAGAAUCCCAGCACCCCACAACCCUGCCCAGGGACAGCCACAUCUUAAUGGAAUGUCAAACAUAACUAAGAAUGUUGCACAUAAGAGGUCCCAUUCCCCAUCCGUAGAUGGGUCUUCUAAGAGGUUGAAAGAAAUAGAAAAGUUUAUUCGACUUGAAUCAACAUUUAAGGAAUCACGUGCUCCUGAAGACAGAAAAAGAAAAGCAAUGGAUGCCAUUGGAGGAGAAUGUAUGCCUAUUCCAACUAUUGAUACAUCACGCAAAAAGAGACUACCCAGUAAAGAACUACCAGAUUCAUCAUCUCCGGUUCCAGCAAAUAACAUUCGAGUCAUCAAAAAUUCCAUUCGACUGACCCUUAAUCGGUAAAAGCAGUGCCUCCUUACUUAAGUGAAUAUGCAAUCAUUUAGUGGCAUAGAGCAGCCACUCUUUUUAAAAUAGAAGUGGCUGUCACACAUAUAAUAAGGUGAAAGUUACAGUCAUCGGACUAACAAGCUUGAAGUGGUUUUGAACUCUCACACUUUGACAUGCAGAUGCCGUAGCAUUCUCUCAUUGAUUUGCUACGUACACUUCUGUGAGGAUCAUCUGCUAUCAGAUUGUCAUCUACAAUGUUAUGGCUUUGCGUUGGAGGUUUUACUGCCUUAACUUUCGAUGCUUGUUUCUCUGUUGUGGGAACCAGUUCUCGGCUCUUUGGACAUGGAUAAAACGAGGCCAGAACUUUUUUUUUUUUAAGUCUUAUGUUACAAUCAUUGUAUAGAACUGAAAAAGUUGAAAACAAAAAAAUUGUAAUUUUCCAAAUGUUAACACAUUUACUUUAGCCUUGAAGCCACUUUGUGAAACCUGAGAUAAGUGAAUGUGAGGUAUCUUUUCUGCUUUCCUCAUUUGUGUAGAUGUACUUAUUGUCUAUUCUGUUGAUUUAAAUUAUUUUUUUCCAGAAUGGCACAUGGAAUAUUUAAAUUUUUAUUUUUUUGUGCCUUUCUGUCCAAAUGUUGCAUAGUUACCAGGGAGGAUUAGUCCAGUGAUUACAUAAGAGUUGGGCACCAUAAAUUCUCUAUAUUUUGCCUCCCAUGGAGGCCUUCGAAAUGCAUCUUUAUUAAGAAUCAAAAUGUAACCAAGAUACUGAAAGUCAGUAUAUGAAUGGUGAAAUUGUUACAUAUCCUAGCUCAUGCCAUUCUUGUUAGUUGACUGGUGUUUUUUACCAAGGAGCAACUCAUUCCAGCAUCAACAACGAGAUACCUUUAAAUGUGGCAGACUUGUAUUCUUGAGGUGUAAAAUUAACUCGGCAUGAUAAUUCUUGACCAUUACUUACCCCACAACUUCAAAUAGUUUCUUCAUGGACUAGGCAUGCAGAAAUAAGCAGUGGAUUUUACUGAAACCUAAGGCAUUUUUUGGACGACAUUGUUACCAUUAAUUGGCUCAGGACCUUUGUAAUUUUUAUUUAACGAUAUGAGUUGUCUUUUUUUACACUGCUUUUUUCAAUGCAUUUCUUAAUAUUUUUUAAGUUUCAUGAACGCAUGCUCAGUUUAUUAAAAUCCAUAACCAUGUAAUUCUUCUUGUAAUAUGUUGAUUCAGUGUUUUGUAAAUGAAGUCGUAUGUAUUUUCAGAGUAUUUUUGUAUGUACUGUAAGAUACCAUCUUUUCAAAGAGAAAACUUUAAAACCUU